AUGACAGAACACUCUCAGCGACUAGCGGACGCUGUUAGAGAUGAAAGCAAACUGCUGAAACCUCAGUCAGGGCCUAUCCCUGUUUAUAAAAUCCCCCUGAAAGAGGAGGACAUCACUGUGAAGGGGUGCAAACGUUUCCACUUCGGGAAAGAGUCCCUUGAACGUAACCGCACCAUAAUGGUUCUCGGAGCAACUGGUGCUGGCAAAUCAACUCUUAUCAACGGGAUGAUUAAUUACGUUCUCGGUGUUGAGUGGAACGAUCCCUAUCGGUUUAAGUUAGUAGAUGAGGGUCAGGCCACCUCACAAGCUCAUAGCCAGACUACUGAAGUCACUGUGUACAAACUCAACCGUCGGGACGGCUUUAACAUUCCGAACUCACUCACUAUUGUUGACACUCCAGGCUUUGGAGAUACGAGAGGUAUCGAAAAGGACAAUUUGAUCGUAGAGCAGCUUCGUGAUCUCUUCUCUGCUAAACUUGGUGUCAGUGAAAUCGAUGCUGUGUGUUUCGUAGCUCAGGCUUCUUUAGCACGACUCACACCAACACAGAAAUACGUGUUUGACUCAGUGCUCUCCAUCUUCGGCAAAGACGUGGCAGAAAACAUCCGGAUUCUGGUGACAUUUGCAGACGGCCAACGUCCACCAGUUCUGGAGGCGAUCAACGAGGCAGAUGUCCCGUGUCCGAAAACCAAAGAAGGACUGCCGGUUCACUUCAAGUUCAAUAACUCAGCGUUGUUUGCCAAAAACAAAUCGAGUGCAGCAGAGAGCGCGAGUGAGGAAGAUGAUGAGGGAGACUUCGAUAAGAUGUUUUGGAACAUGGGGAUAAAAAGCAUGAGGAAGUUUUUCACUGCUUUGAAUGUGAUGACGACCAAAAGCUUGACGAUGACUAAGGACGUCCUCAGAGAAAGACAGCAGCUCGAGAUCUCAGUUCAGAGUUUGCAGAAGCAGGUUAAAAUUGGGUUAAACAAGCUGGAGGAGUUAAAAGAGACGGCUUCACAACUGAGAGAUCACGAGUCAGAGAUCAGCAGAAACAAGGAUUUUGUGAUCGAACGCAAAGUCAAUAAGGCUUAUCAACAUGACAUUUCUGGUUCUGGAACUUUCAUCACAAACUGUCAGGUGUGUAGUUUUACCUGUCAUCCGGUUUGUGGUAUUCCAAAUGAUGCAGAUAAAAAACACUGUUGGGCAAUGGGAUCAGAUGGGUACUGUGAGCAGUGCCCAGGCAAAUGUGUUUGGAGUGUACAUUAUAAUCAGAAGUACCGAUGGGAGUACAAGGAAGUCACAGAAAGCAUAACGGUAAAAGAGCUGGAAGAAAAGUACCUGAAAGCCUCAGAGGCUGCGACGCCUGUGAAGGCACUGAUUGACAGACUGAAGGCUGAGUAUGACCUUGUGCAGGUUGUGGUGGUGAAAGUGAUGGAUGACUCUACAAAGUGUCUUAACAGACUUAAAGAGAUCGCUCUGAGGCCAAACCCUCUGUCCACUCCAGAGUACAUCGACAUGCUCAUAGAAGGAGAGAAAGCUGAGGCCAAGACGGGCUGGAAGAAACGAGUCCAGUAUCUGAUGGACAUGAGAGAACAAGCAGAGUUCAUGGCUAAAGUGGACAGAGGAGAAGAACUCCUCCGGAGUUCAUCCAGUGACUUCCAGUCUUUUCUUCAAGGUCCAACGAAGGACGGUGCUGACCAAGACACGACUGAUAACACCAACGAGAAGGGAGACGCCAAACAGGACCAAGAUGAGAAAGACGAAGACCAAGAUGAGAAAGACGAAGACCAAGAUGAGUUAGACCAAGACCAAGAUGAGAAAGACGGAGACCAAGAUGAGAAAGACGAAGACCAAGAUGAGAAAGACCAUGACCAAGAUGAGAAAGACCAAGACCAAGAUGAGAAAGACGAAGACCAAGAUGAGAAAGACGGAGACCAAGAUGAGAAAGACCAAGACCAAGAUGAGAAAGACGGAGACCAAGGUGAGAAAGACCAAGACCAAGAUGAGAAAGACGAAGACCAAGAUGAGAAAGACGAAGACCAAGAUGAGAAAGAUGAAGACCAAGAUGAGACCGACCAAGACCAAGAUGAGAAAGACCAAGACCAAGAUGAGAAAGACCAAGACCAAGAUGAGAAAGACGGAGACCAAGAUGAGAAAGACGAAGACCAAGAUGAGAAAGACGAAGACCAAGUUAACACUGAAGAUCAGGACCAAGAUGAAGAUCAGGAGCUGGAUUCAAAUCAAAGCUUUGAGGACCAAGACCCUGACAGUGAUUCCAUCAACGACCAGGAGGAGAAAGAUUCUGAUUCCAACCAAGACCAGGAGGUCGCUCACACUGCGACAGAGACGGACUGA